UCUUUCCUUCGUCUGCUUGAUUCUGUUGAGUGUCAAGAUUCAGGAGCUCUACGACUAAGAUGGAGUGCGUCCAGAGGGAUUUAGGUUAGAAUUUCCAUAACCAAAAUGGUAUUCCCAUCAAAAAUGUCUCAGAAUUCAAUCUACGAAAAAUGAGCAAUUCAAAUUAUAAGCUAACCGAGGUGGAUGGUGAUUUAUUUAAUGCCCCGUCUACACAUUCACUAGCCCACUGCGUAGCAGCCGAUCUUGGAAUGAAUGCUGGCAUUGCUGUAAAAUUCAAACAACUCUAUGGGCAAGUUGAUCAACUAAAAUCUCAAGGCGUAAAGACUGGUGGCGUUGCAGUACUUAAUGAUAAUAAGAGGUUCAUAUAUUAUUUGGUAACAAAAGAUAAAAAUUUGGAUAAACCCACCUAUGAAAGCUUGAAGAAUUCGCUAUACGCUAUGCGUGACCAUAUGAUAACCAACCAUGUCCAAAACUUGGCAAUGCCCCAUAUAGGAUGUGGCAUCGAUGGUCUCGAGUGGGCAAAAGUAUCAGCCGAACUAGAAAGGGUUUUUGCCAAUGUGAAUGUCCAUAUUGUAGUCUACAAUUUUGUACCAAAAUAAACUUUUUUAAUAAAUGUAUUGUUCUCAUAA